AUGUUGAGCGACACCGUCUCUGCGGAAGAGCUCAAGAGGCCUCUACCUCAGAUGGAGGAUCCGUUUUUUCUGAACGAGAAGCCUACUGAGGAAGGAAAGAAGGGAGAAACACAACCUGGAAACGAGCAACCUGAAGAAGCAAUACCCACAUCGGGACCUCAAACCCAGGAGGAACCAAAGGAAAUUCCACCAAGGCUAACUGAAGAGGCUAAAGGAGAAAAACCGUUUCCAUACCAGUUUGUUAUGAAGAGGAAGAAAGAAAACCCUGUGGAUUUCAUGUCGAUCUUCGGAAAGCUGGAUGUCACCAUACCAUUCCUCCAAGCCGUGAGACUGCCCCCUCUGGGGAAGUUUAUAAAGGAGUUCAUAGUCGGAAAGGCCCAGGAGGAUGGAAAAAUCAUGGCUGAUGUGGAAGCAGCUGCAUGGUGUGAUCUGAUCAGUAGCCGAGGGUUAACUGACGAGGAGAUCGAAGGAGCAAUUACGGAAUUCUGUCAGAAGUCGGAACUAGCAGGAUCUGUAGGGGCUUUACUACCGGCCAGUAUGGAGGAAAAAUCAGAUGGUGAACAAAAGCGAGAGGAGGAUUCUAAAAAGAACCCUCUACCUACAGACACGCUACCCCCUCAAGUGGAGUUAAAAAUGUUGCCAGCGAACCUUAAGUAUGCCUACCUCGGGGAGGAAGACUCGUUCCCCGUAAUCAUCAAUAGCGGGCUGACUGAAGAGCAAGAGGCAAAACUACUAACUGUGCUGAGCAAAAACAAGAAGGCUAUUGGAUGGAGCCUUACGGACCUGGUGGGGAUAAGCCCGGAUGUAUGCAUGCACCACAUUAGGCUGGAGGAGGGAGCCAAGGCGCAUAGAGAUUCACAAAGAAAGGUGAACCCAAACAUGCGGGAAGAGAUACCGAAGGAAAUCUUGAAGUUGCUCUCGCUGGGCAUUAUAUACUCGACUAGUCACGGGAUGGCGAAUGUGUAUAGAUUACCGAAGCUGAACACUGCAACCAGGAAGGACCAUUUCCCCUUGCCAUUCAUCGAUCAAAUGCUGGAGCGACUGGCUGGGAGGAAGUACUUCUGUUUUUUGGAUGGGUACUGUGGCUACUUUCAAAUCUACGUGAAUCCGGAGGACCAGGAUAAGACCACGUUCACCUGUCCUUUUGGAACCUAUGCGUAUAGGCGUAUGCCGUAUGGCCUAUGCAACGCUCCCGAAGGAAUCGUCUUAGGACACGUGGUGUUAGAAAAGGGAAUCCAAGUGGAUCAAGCUAAGGAUUUCGCCAAGAUUGCCCAACCCCUUACCAGACUUCUCCAGAACGAGGUGGAAUUCAUUUUCGACGAGCAUUGCAAGGCUGCUUUCAACCUUCUUAAGGAAAAAUUGAUCUCUACACCGAUUAUUCAAGCUCCUAACUGGAAUCACCCCUUCGAGGUGAUGUGCGAUGCCAGUGACUAUGUCGUGGGGGCCAUACUGGGUCAGAAGAUCGAUGGGAAGAGGUAA